GUGCCGCUGAGAAGUUCAUUAACUGCAGACAGCCCAAGAUGGUCUAACGGUGGCCUGAUUCGACAAGUGGGACUCCAUCAACGAAAUGGAUGAAUUCUUCCAGCCCAUCCACACCUAUCAAGUGUGCAACGUCAUGACCGCCAACCAGAACAACUGGCUGAGGACCAGCUGGGUCCAGCGGCACGGAGCCCACCGGGUUUACGCCGAGAUCCGAUUCACCCUGCGGGAUUGUAACAGCAUGCCUGGGGUGCUGGGCACCUGCAAGGAGACGUUUAACCUUUAUUAUCUUCAAUCCGACCGGGACCUGGGGAGUACCACGCGCGAGAGUCAGUUCGUGAAGAUCGACACCAUCGCGGCUGACGAGAGCUUCACCAACGUGGACCUGGGCGUCCGGAGGCUCAAGCUGAACACCGAGGUGCGCGGCGUCGGGCCGCUAAGCAAGCGGGGCUUCUACCUCGCCUUCCAGGACAUCGGGGCCUGCAUCGCCAUCGUCUCUGUCCGCGUUUAUUACAAAAAGUGCCCCGCCAUGGUGAGGAAUCUGGCCGCGUUCUCCGAGGCGGUGACCGGGGCGGAUUCCUCAUCCCUGGUGGAGGUGCGGGGAGAGUGUGUGACACACUCGGAGGAGAGAGACACCCCCAAAAUGUACUGCAGUGCAGAGGGGGAAUGGCUCGUACCCAUCGGGAAAUGCGUGUGCAGCGCCGGAUAUGAAGAACGGAAGGAUUCGUGUUUAGCCUGCCAAGUGGGGUUUUAUAAGUCUUCCCCUGGAGACCAGCUCUGUGCCAGGUGCCCCCCUCACAGCUAUUCCGAGACCCAGGCCGCGCAGGUGUGUCGCUGUGAAAGCACCUUUUACCGGGCAGCCCAGGACCCCCCUUCGGCAGCCUGCACACGUCCCCCUUCUGCUCCCACCAACCUGCUCUCCAGCGUGAACGGCACGACAGUGACCCUCGAAUGGGCACCUCCGUUGGACAAAGGAGGACGCCGAGAUGUCACCUACAACGUGAUCUGCCGUCGCUGCAUCUGGGGUGGGGGCCAGUGCGAGGCCUGUGGGGCCGGGAUCCGCUUCCUCCCCCAGCAGAUGAAUCUGGCUCAAGGCUCUCUAUCCAUCUCCAAUCUCCUGGCCCACACCAACUAUUCGUUCUGGGUGGAGGCCAUCAACGGUGUCUCCGACCUCAGCCUUGAAUCCCCAAGAUUUGUGGCCGUCAACAUCACCACAAAUCAGGCAGCCCCCUCGCAAGUGCUGGCAGUCGACCAGCAGAACGUGGGUCAGAACAGCGUCACCCUCCUCUGGCGUCAGCCCCAGCAGCCCAAUGGCAUCAUCUUGGAGUACGAAAUCAAAUACUACGAGAAGGAUAAAGAAAUGCAGAGUUACUCCACUCUCAAGUCGAAGAGCAACCGGACCACCGUCUUUGGCUUGAAACCAGCCACCCGCUACAUCUUCCAGGUCCGAGCCCGCACUUCUGCGGGCUGUGGCAAGUUCAGUGAGGCGAUCGAAGUCGAAACAGCCAAAGCAACUCCCCAGUAUGACACCAUGACAGUUGUAUGGAUCUGCCUGACACUCAUCAGCGGCUUAGUAGCCCUGCUUCUGCUCCUCAUCUGCAAGAAGAGACACUGUGGCUACAGCAAGGCUUUCCAGGAUCCUGAUGAAGAGAAAAUGCAUUACCAGAAUGGGCAGGGUAAUCCCCCACUAUUCCAAACACUGAAGUUCCCCGAGUCCAAAUUUUACGUGGAAUCACACAACUACGAAGACCCUUGCCAGGCCAUGCACGAGGUCACGCGGGAAAUCGAAGCCUCUCGGAUUAAAAUUGAGAGAGUCAUUGGCUCUGGUGAAUCCGGAGAAGUUUGUUACGGCCGUCUGAAGAUUCCUGGAAAAAGAGAGGUGCCUGUGGCGGUCAAGGCCCUGAAAUCUGGUUACACGGAAAAGCAGCGGCGGGACUUUCUAAGUGAAGCCAGUAUCAUGGCCCGGUUUGAUCACCCCAAUGUUAUCCAUCUGGAAGGGGUGGUCACCAAAAGCAAAUUAAUCAUGAUUGUGACUGAGUACAUGGAGAACGGCUCACUGGAUUCGUUCCUCCGGAAACACGAUGGGCAAUUUACAGUCCUCCAGCUGGUCGUCAUGCUCAGGGGCAUCAGCGCUGGUAUGCGCUACCUCUCCGAUCUGGGUUACGUCCACCGUGACUUGGCGGCUCGCAAUAUCCUCAUCAACGGCAACUUGGUCUGCAAAGUCUCUGACUUUGGCCUCUCCCGCAUCUUGGAGGACAACCCAGAUGCUGCUUACACAACCACAGGAGGGAAGAUCCCUGUUCGGUGGACGGCCCCCGAAGCCAUUACGUACCGAAAGUUCUCGUCGGCCAGCGACGUGUGGAGCUACGGCAUCGUCAUGUGGGAAGUGCUGGCUUACGGAGAGCGGCCAUAUUGGAACAUGACCAACCAGGACGUCAUUCAGUCGGUGGAAGAAGGGUACCGGCUCCCCGCUCCGAUGGGGUGCCCCAUGGCCCUGCACCAGCUGAUGCUGAAUUGCUGGCAGAGAGAUGCCAACGAGAGGCCUCGUUUCUCCCACAUUCUCAGCGUCCUGGACAAGCUGAUUCGCAACCCGCAAAACUUAAAAUGUACAGCCACGGUCAACCGAUUCACCCAAACGCUCUCCGAGCGGGACCACAUCGACUUCACCCGCUGCAGCUCCGUGGAAGAGUGGCUGGACUCCAUUCGGCUGGGACGAUACCAGGAGAAUUUCGCCCUGGGCGGCUACUCCACACUUGGCAUGGUGAUGCGGAUGAAUAUUGAGGAUGUGCAAAACUUGGGGAUCAGUCUCUCAGGGCAUCAGAGAAAGAUUUUGACCAGCAUCCAGAUCAUGAGGUCCCAGUUGCUCAACACCAUGGGCUGCAGAAGACCUCUGUGAUGGGCCGCUUCUGUGACCAAGAGGCUCACUGCUCUGUUUCUUCAGA